UCAUGUUACAUGGUGCUUUUGUUUCACCUUUGCCUUUCUUCUCUCUGAUAAAAGCCUCCAACCCAUAAAUCUCCAAGCUGUAUUAUAUACAAGGAAUGAGAUCUUCUUUUGUUAUCAACUUGUUACAGAAACAUUAUUUUAAUGGAGAUCAACAACCCUAGUUCUUCAAGAACCGAUAGGAAGACCAUAGAGAAAAAUAGAAGAAAUCACAUGAAGACCCUCUAUUCCAAGCUCAAUUCUCUUGUACCCCAUCAAAGCUCUAGGGAAGUGGUGUCACUGCCAGAUCAGCUAGAUGAGGCUGCAAACUACAUAAAGAAGCUGCAGAUGAACUUGGAGAAGAUGAAGGAGAAGAAAAACAGACUGAUGAGACUCGAAAAGAUGAGCGCGAGUACUUCUACUGGAGUGAUGGUGGGGCUUAGAUCACCACAGAUUGAGAUUCAUGAGAUGGGUUCAGCUCUAGAGGUGGUUUUGAUCACUGGGCUGGAUUGUCAGUUCAUGUUCAAUGAAAUUAUCCGAGUGCUCCAUGAAGAACGCGCCGAGGUUGUCAAUGCUGGUUUUUCUGUUGUUGAUGAUGCUGUUUUCCACUCUAUACAUUCAAAGGUUGCUGAGUCUGCAUCAGGAUAUGGAGCACCAAAGAUAUCUGAGAGACUUAAGCAAUUUGUGUAUGGUGCUAAUUCAUGCUGAAAGUAUGAUCUAAUUAAUUAUUUGCUGCUUUGGAUGCUGACAAUUAGUUUUUAAUUUUCCAGUAAGAUUUCGAAUUGGGUUAAUCUAAGCACGUUCAAUUGCUUUAUGAUGAA